CCCAUUUAGACAUGGCCAAGAAAUAGGGUGAUCAUUUCUAUAGAAGUUUGUAUGUAUAUAUAUGUUUAAGCAUUGCAAAGGGGAUGACCAAAGCUAGCUAUUACACCACAAAUCCGCCACUUGAUUCGAAUAUUAGCUAGUCACUCAUGGCUCUUCCUUGUGGAAGUGGGAGGAGGUGGACGAGGGCAGUAAAGAUGACAUUCUGCUUGUUCUUUCUCAUACCAAUGUCAUCGGUUGGAAAUAGAAACACUAACACCAUAUUCGAUAAGAAACAAAAAUUGGAGGUUCAGCAGCAAUUGAAGCGCCUUAACAAGCCUGCUUUUAAAUCCAUCGAGAGCCCAGAUGGAGAUAUAAUCGACUGCGUUGAUAUCAAUAAGCAACCAGCUUUUGAUCAUCCUUUGUUAAAAAAUCACACAAUACAGAUGAGACCAAGUUCUUACCCAGAAGGGUUUUCAUUUGAUGAGAGCAACGGCGUCUCUUCAAACUCCGAGCCCAAAUUUACUCAGCCAUGGCACUUGAAUGGAAGGUGCCCAGAAGGAACCAUUCCCAUAAGAAGAACUAAAGAAGAAGAUUUAUUAAGGGCAGGCUCUAUAGCAAAUUAUGGAAGGAAGAAACACCGUUCCAUCCCUAGUGCUCAAUAUAGUGCCGGUCAAGUUAUCCAUGAGUAUGCAGUGCUUAGUGAGCAAGGAGAUAAGUACUAUGGAAUGAUGGCAGAGAUGAACGUGUGGAAUCCCCAUACCCAGGAAACAAAUGAGUUCAGCUUGUCUCAAUUUUGGAUGACAGCUGGUAAACAUGGUCAAGAUCUUAAUACCAUUGAAGCCGGCAUGAUGGUCUACGAACAUCUUUAUGGAGAUAACAACACUAGACUCUUCACGUAUUGGACUGAUGAUUCAUAUCAAAACACAGGUUGCUACAAUCUGGCGUGCUCUGGCUUUGUUCAAGUCGACAACCAGAUUGCGAUGGGUGCAAGCGUCGCCCCUUAUUCCAACUAUGACGGUACCCAACGUUCAGUCAAAUUCUAUGUUUGGAAGGACAUUAACGGAAAAGGAGACUGGUGGAUGAAAAUUGCGGACAGAGACUUUGGAUAUUGGCCAUCUUCCAUAUUCUCGAUCCUGUCUGAUAGCGCUUCAUCAGUUCAAUGGGGAGGAGAGGUGAUAAACUUAAUGCAAGAUGGGCAGCACACCACAACACAAAUGGGCAGUGGCCAUUUCCCUGAAGAAGGGCUUGGCAAGGCUAGUUUCUUCAAAAAUCUCAAAGUUAUUGAUGGUUUAAAAACUCUCACGGGUCCUCGGAACAGUCAAACAAUCAUUACGAAUCCCGCUUGCUAUAAUCUCAUAAAUUCUGGAGACUCAUUUUAUUUUGGUGGUCCUGGUAGAAACCCCAAUUGUCCAUGAUCAUUUAGAUUAUUGUUUCAAAAUAAGGAGAAAGAGGGAAACAUAUGAAGAGGGGAAUCAUUUUCUUGUUUUCUUCAUGUCACUCCAAAUGUACCUAAAAGCCAUAUGUCAUAUGAAACUCUCUGAUUCACUAAUAUAAAAAAGGUUAUUCUAUGGAGUAGUAAAAUUUUAAAAAAUUAUCUAAUUUAAUAUGGUGGAAUUUAAGAUUG